ACAUACUAGAGCUAGCUUCACCCACCAUUUUUACGUACUACUAAAUGAUGCACAUGGAAAAUGAAGUUGACAGACACAGUCGUCCGUAAAUUUCGCGUGGCCAAAGUGUUUAAGGAGAACAGUGAUAAAAUAAAUAGCAUUGACUUUUAUGCAAACGGGGAGACACUUAUAUCGAGCAGUGAUGAUGAAUCCAUUGUGAUAUACGACUGUCAAAACGGAACGCCUAAAAGAACACUUAAUAGCAAAAAGUAUGGGGUUGAUCUCAUUCGCUAUACACACACCAUCACCACAGUAUUACAUUGUUCUACGAAAGUAGAUGAUACAAUCAGAUACUUAUCACUCCAUGAUAAUAAGUACAUCAGAUAUUUUCCUGGACAUUCAAAAAAGGUAGUUACAUUAUGUAUGUCUCCAAUAGACGACACGUUCCUUUCUGGCUCAUUAGAUAAAACGAUUCGUUUGUGGGAUCUGCGUUCUCAAAACUGCCAGGGAUUAAUGCACUUACCAGGUCGGCCUGUAGCAGCAUUUGAUCCUGAAGGUUUGAUAUUUGCUGCUGGCAUUAAUUCUGAGUGUGUCAAGCUGUAUGAUCUUCGAUCAUUUGAUAAGGGUCCCUUUACAACAUUCAAAUUGAAUCAGGAUAAGGACUGUGAUUGGACUGGUAUGAAAUUUAGUCCUGAUGGUAAAUUAAUUCUGAUUUCAACUAAUGCUCAAGUGAUUCGCUUGAUAGAUGCUUUCCAAGGAACUCCUUUGCACACAUUCACAGGACACAUUAAUAACAAAGGAAUCCCAUUAGAAGCUUCUUUCAGUCCAGAUUCUCAGUUUGUUUUUUCUGGAUCUACCGAUGGUAAAAUCUAUUGUUGGAGCACAGAAACAGGCAGCAAAGUUGCCAUGCUCAGUGCUGACCAUCCAGGUCCAGUUCAAUGUGUCCAGUUCAACCCUAAAUAUAUGAUGUUAGCGACAGCAUGUACAAACAUGGCUUUCUGGCUGCCGUAUGUAGAUGAGUGAAAUAUGAGAUACAAGAAAGAUUUUUAGCCCAGCUUUAAUCCAGCAAUGACAGGCAACAGCUACCAGCACCUUCAGAACAGAUGUACAUAAAAAUUCUCACAUACUUCAAUUAUCAUUUAACUUCAUUCACCAUUAGUGUUGUUUUUGGCUGUUAAGUUUCGCAAGAGACUAAUUCUGGACUUUCUUAUUUCUUGUUGCUCUCACACUUGCUAGAGCUGAAUAUUGAACUCUAAGUUGAAUGGUCUCUUCAUUGUUGUCGAACAAAUAUCCAUCUUCCUUUACAUGCGCCAUCUUAGUUGUUCAGUAGCAGCUGCUAGGUGCACUGAGCACCUUCUAUAACCCUGUGUGGUGUCCCCUUGCUAUCCUGAUUAUUCUUUGCAAUUUCCUUUUUGGGAAUAUAUGUAAUAUGUGUGUACUGAUUUCUUUUCUAAUAAUCAUUAUUUUUAGUUUCAUAACAUCUCUUGGUUGUAAGAUCAGUUUGAUUCUGAUGGAAGGGUGCACGGCAAACUAGUGAUUAUCUGAAGGUAGCUAUGUGUUGAACUGCCUUGAUCUCUGUAAAGUCUAUUAUAUAGACAGGAGAUUAUUGUACUGUUAUGAUUAGUUUCUAUAUUGUAUGAUUCACACCAUCAUUCAUUACAUUACAUACCAGUAGACAUCAUUUAUUCAACAUUAUUCUACUAACUAUAUUAAGCAUUUAGAAAUAUUAACAAUAAGUGAAAGGAAAUAACACCAAGAUUAAAAAUCAGUCUUUUGUGUUAGUGACAUGUGGAUCAUUGCUUCAACAAUAUAGUUGGAAUAAUUCACCCUGCUAUUUUGACCUUUAGGUUUUGGUAAAGUAAAACUUCUGAUGGUUUGUCUUACAUUAGUUGACUGUGAUUGUGGAGUGGCUAGGUUUGUAGACUUAAUUUAUUUUACCUGUGAUUGAAAUAGACAAAGUUUUUUUUUCUUCUUAUACAGUAUUUAUUCUCAAUAAAUAUUAAAGACAAAUCUACCUAACUCUCUUUAUUACUUAGGUACUUUUAUUAUAUAGAUAGUAGUAACUUACAUCUUCAAUAUUAAUUUUCUUGUAACUUCAAUCCAGUUGGUCUUUUCUCUGUUGAGAGUUGGGUGGUUCAUUACUAACCAAUAUCUGGGUAAAUAGUUAGCUACAGCCCCUAUGGCACUGAUCCACAAAAGAAGGCAAUACUGAACACAACCCAUUAUCUGAAACGGGGCUAUGGCUAUAUCAUUUUCUCUUGUGUAGCAUAUUUAAAUUGUAGUAUAUAUUUUAACAUUAAAAGUAAAGCUUUUUGAAAAGUAACUAUUUCUCUUUCAAAUUAGUAAAACAAAAUAUUUAGAAAUAUUUAUCCACAAGUUGUUGAUAUAAUCUUUAUUCCUAUAUUUCUCUUUAGCUUGUUGACUCUACUUUAUUAAUCACCAUAUAGUUAAUAACUUAAAGUAUUUUGCUAUUAUAAUUCAAUUCAUUUGUUAGAAGAUAGUUUAUUUUCAAAAUCUACAGUUCGAAAUCUAACUUCAGUUUGAAGCAUCUCUAUUCAAAACAUAGUAAUGCACUGUCAGGUUUUAUAUGUAAUAGACAAAUAAGGCUUUCAUAUAGUGAAUUAAAUAGGUUACUAGGACUAGAGAUUUUAUUUUCAAGUGGAGCAGGACCAUAAGUAGCUUUUUUGUUUUUUUAUCUUCAAAUUUAUUAGAUGUAUUAUAUCUGAUUGAAAUGUGCUUUCUAUUAUACUAAUCUAAAACCUUACACUCACCUUUCUGUGCUUUUUAUUCUGGUCUUUUAAAACUUUUUGCAAGUAUUAAUGUAAUCAGUUGACUCAGAGCAAAUAAGGAACAACCAAUAUUAGUGCAUGAAUUGUAUAUCCCAAUCACUAUUAACCACAUCUAAACACUAUGUAUCUAAAUUUUCUUAAUUAAUUUUGAUAUAUACUUGAAUCUCACAUAUAAUUAUUUUUUCAACCAGAAUAAUGUCUGGAAACAUUCUGAAAUGUAUAAAAGAGUUUUCUAAGACUAAAAUUGUUUCUAAUAGGAUAGCCAUUUUGGUAUCCAAGGUUCAAUUUAUAUUCAAAUUUUGCUAGAAGUAAGAAAAAUUAUGUUAAGUUACAAAUUGUUUUUUGACAAGUGUGCUAAUAAUAAAAGUUAAUAUUAUAAUACUAAUACCAGAUGUUUGUAAGUAUGACAUUUUCUCAGUUUUUUUUCUUACAUUCAAUCAAAUCUUUUUGAUUGUAUAUUAAAGUUAAACUCCUUUAAACUACUUGAAAUAUAUCACAUUUUUUGUUGGUGAUGGAGGAAGUGUAAUUCUUUUGGAAAAAAAAAACUGUUAAUAUUUUAGCAGAGCAAAUUUGGGUUCGUUUAGGAAUUAUUUUCUCUUUAAACUUUUGAAGAUUUUAUUGUCUGCAAUUUAUAAUUACUCAUAUUGAGAAGUUUAAUUUGAAACUACAGGAUUCCCACCUUCAUGGGAUCGUUUGAAAGAUAUACUUUUAUACUCCUGACUUGACAGAGUUUAUGUGCUUUCAGUAGUUUUACUUUAAUCAUUUUUUAAUUAUGUUCAAAGACAAACAAAUUUAGUUUUAUUUGUUAGUUUUAGCUUCUGAUCAUUUAAAUUAAUAGUUUUAGAAUUAUCUUGUUCAGCCAAUAUUUUUAUAGUUAAUAAGUUAAUGUAAGCAUUUUCAACAGCUAUUUGAACAUUUUACUGUGAUGUGUCAAAAGUGGUUUAGUUUUAUUGUAUUCAUUGAUUGAAUUUUUAAGUUUUACUUAAACUUUUUAUCAAGCUCACAAUAUCUUUUUAGUUUUACAACUUGUUUAGUGAUUCCAAUAUUUCUGAUAAAUGUUGUAUUUAUUACCUCUGAUGUGCUACACUUCGUGGCUAAAGCAAAUGGCAAAUUUUUGUUCUAUAUGGCUUUAUAAUAUAGCAUUUAAAUGAUGCUGAAUGUAUAUUUUCUAGCACUGUUCUUGAAUUUUGCCACUGUCUUCCUUUCAUGUCUUAAUAUAAUACCAUCUGAGGAAGAGGCAUGUUCUUAUGACUUAGGUGUUCAGUGUUGUCUGCCAUAGAUACCUAUGCAUGUCAUACUAAUAUGUAUAGGAAGCAAUUUCUCACAUUUUAUUCCCCCAUUCAUAUUUCAAUUUUGUAAUAAAAUUAAAGAAAAAAAAUCUU